AUGAAACAACAUGAUUUAAUUGUUGAGUUAGUACACAAUGGCCCUGAAGAAUUAGAGAAUAAAACAAAUUACAAAAAUCCAACAGAAUUCGACGAUAGAAGGGAUGACCGUCGCUUUUUUGGUAAUGCCAACGAUAUUUCGAUCAUACGGUGCCUUCAUGGUAAUAGCUUAAUCGAAAAACGUUUGCAAUUUUUAAAAGAAAUUGAUUUUUUAAAAGAUUAUAAAAAUCCUUGUCAUACAAAUCGAUUGUUAAUUGAAAUAAUCAAAUACUAUAUAAAUACACAUCUAAAAGAAAAUGAACAUUGUACGUUGGAACAACGAAAUAAAAUUGAAUAUUAUUUUAGAAAAGUACUUAAUUCAAAAGAACAUAAUAAUUAUCUUGAAUAUUUUAUUAAAGCAUAUACAUCAUGUGAUACCGGAUUUUAUAAACAUAUAAAUAAACAUUUAGCUCAAUAUCUAGAUUAUGAUACUAAUACCAAGGACGAAACGAACUAUCAAUUAAUUAAGCGACCAUGCAUUUAG